AUGAACAGAGAUACCACAAUUGAUGGAAACUUUCCCUGGGCUGAGCAUCUGCCCUUGGCGGAGACUCGCCGCUCUGUCAACCGCACCUCCAUUCGCAAGCUGCAUCUCAGCCGCGCUAAACUCAAGGCCUCUAGUCGAGCCAGCGCCCUCCUCUCUGGUUUUGCCAUGAUGGCCAUGAUCGAGCUCACUAUAGAGAACGACGAGGAUAACCGCGUGCCAGAGGUGCUUUUAGUUGUCUUCACGGCGUUUGCAUCUCUGUUGGUCGUGGUCCACAUCACUGCCCUCAUGAUAAGCACCUGCAUAUUGCCGCAGUUGGAGUGCUAUAUCAGUGUCUGCGAGAGCUCGGAUGGCUUCAUUGACUCGCCUUACGAGAAGGUUCGUGGCUACAUUGAAAUGUCCUGGAUAUUCAGUACAGCCCUUGGGAUGCUGCUCUUUCUGGUGGUAGUUGUGCUGGCCUGUUGGGUGAAAUUCUGGAAUAUCUCCAAGUGGUCGGCAGGCGUCUGCUUCCUUAUCGUGGGUCCAGUGGUGGUGGUCUUCGUACUCUUUGCUAUCUUUUUUUACCGCACCCUCAUCUCCUUCAAGUAUCAGCACGCUUCCAAGGUGGUCGACUCGCUUGACCGGUGGAUGUCAGAGCUGGAGAAGGGGACCUACUCGCCGACGCAGCCUCACAGUACUUCCUUGCCCACCAGUCCCACCCUUAAACGAUCUCAGGAUGUCACCUUCGCCGAAUUCUUCGACUUUGUCGUAGUGGGAGGUGGGAUAGCGGGAGUGGUGUGCGCGGAGACCCUAUGUGGACUGAUCGUGCCCCAAUUCUCAGGCUUGUGCGCUUCGAGGGAGCCACCGUCGCCGCAGUGGCGAGUCUGCCUCAUCUCCGCCUCGCCUACCCUUAAGACCAUCGUCAACGUGCGCCAUGUCACUCGCCUCCUCGAGUCUUUUGACGUGGCCGAGCGUGACUCCGAGGACUGGUCACGCGCCUGGCCCCACAUUCUCACCGUCCUCAUCGAUAAGGUGGCCAAGGUGAACUGCGAAGGUCGGUUGGUUCAUUUGGCGGGGAGGCCAAACCGGCCGUUGAAGUACGGACGCAUUUGCGUGGCAACGGGAGGAGUGCCUCGGGCAAUUGUACCUCACCAUCCCCUCGUGCUGACCCUUCGCGAUACCGAGUCCGUCACCCACUUCCGCUCUCGCCUCUCCAGUGCCCGUCGUGUUGUGUUGGUUGGCAACGGAGGCAUAGCCACGGAGGUCGCUUAUGAGAUCGAGGGGUGUCAGGUGAUAUGGGUGGUGAAGCAUGAGAACAUCUCGGUCCCCUUUCUGGAUCCUGCUGCCUCGCAGUUCCUGCUUCAAAGUGGGCUGGCAAAGCGCCGCAGAGCGACCGGUGAGGCUGCCAGUGUUGGCAAUGGAGGUAGAAAGAGUAAAACAGCGCCGCUGAUUCGCACACUGCGCUAUGCCCUCGCGGACCGCAAUACCGCCGGAGGUUCUGGUCCUCAACUCGUGCCUGCCCCCAAUGAUACUCGAGCGGAGGAGGCGAACAAAUUCACCGGCUCAGCUCUUGGGCCCGACUGGACUCAGGGCCAACAAUUCACUGGCAUUAUUGACAAGAGCACACUCAAUCGGCCCCUCAAGGUAGUGUACAAGUGUCAAGUGGAUCAGAUUCUCUCCCCAUCGGAGUUCGCUGAAUCGGGUGACAGGGCAGUCGAAUGUGAUGCGGAGGGCCCUCUGUUGCCACCCCUCUGCUGCAGGAGCUGGCCCGUGUACGUGCGGCUGAGCAAUGGAGAGUGCUACGGUGCGGACUUUGUGAUCAGUGCGACGGGGGUGGAAGCGAAUCUGAUCUCCUCCACCUCUGCCUCCGCCUCCACUAUCACUGCACCGUCAGCGCCAUGCCCUGUGACGCUGGAAGCCCGAGAUGGCAUCGCUACGGCCUCCAUCGCAGAGGGUGGUGGCGUGGUGGUGAAUGAGAUGAUGCAGUCCUCCGUGCCCGAGGUCUACGCCGCCGGCGACUGCGCCUUCGCGGGCUGGCAGCCCAAAGCACCGCACUGGUUCCAAAUGCACCUGUGGUCGCAGGCUCGUCAGACCGCCUUUCAGGCAGCCAAGAGCAUGUUCUACCACACCAUUGGUGAGGAGGUGCCUCUAGACUUCUCCUUCGAGAUCUUCACUCACGUCACUCACUUCUUUGGCUUCAAGAUCGUACUUCUGGGCCUCUUUAACGGGCAGGGGCUGAACCUGACCUCCCCCGAGGUCUACGUUCUGCUGCGAAUUACGCCGGGCGAGGAGUACGUGAAGUGCAUCAUGUGCAAUGGGCGGAUGCAGGGCGCUCUGCUGAUUGGCGAGACUGACCUGGAGGAGACAUUUGAGAACCUCAUCCUCAAUCAGCUCGACCUAUCACAAUUCGGCGAACACCUUCUCGAUCCCAACAUCGACAUUUCAGACUACUUUGAUUAG